AUGGAGAAUGUGGAGGUCUUCACUUCCGAGGGCAAAGGCAGAGGUCUGAAGGCCACGAAGGAAUUCUGGGCUGCGGAUGUCAUCUUUGCUGAGCGGGCUUAUUCUGCAGUGGUUUUUGACAGCCUCAUUAACUUUGUGUGCCACACCUGCUUCAAGAGGCAGGAGAAGCUCCACCGCUGUGGGCAGUGCAAGUUCGCCCAUUACUGUGACCGCACAUGCCAGAAGGAUGCCUGGCUGAACCACAAGAACGAGUGUUCCGCCAUCAAGAGAUACGGGAAGGUGCCCAAUGAGAACAUCAGGCUGGCGGCCCGCAUCAUGUGGCGGGUGGAGAGAGAGGGCACUGGGCUCACGGAGGGUUGCCUGGUGUCGGUGGAUGACUUGCAGAACCACGUGGAGCACUUUGGGGAGGAGGAGCAGAAGGAACUGCGUGUGGACGUGGAUACCUUCUUGCAGUACUGGCCACCGCAGAGCCAGCAGUUCAGCAUGCAGUAUAUCUCACACAUCUUUGGUGUGAUCAACUGCAACGGUUUCACUCUCAGUGACCAGAGAGGCCUACAGGCAGUCGGCGUGGGCAUCUUCCCCAACCUGGGCCUGGUGAACCAUGACUGCUGGCCUAACUGCACUGUCAUAUUCAACAAUGGCAAUCAUGAGGCAGUGAAAUCCAUGUUUCACACGCAGAUGAGAAUCGAGCUCCGGGCCCUGGGAAAGAUCUCGGAAGGUGAGGAGCUGACGGUGUCCUAUGUCGACUUCCUCCGCCUCAGCGAGGAGCGCAGGCAGCAGCUGAAAAAGCAGUACUACUUCGACUGCUCCUGCGAGCACUGCCAGAAGGGGCUGAAGGAUGACCUUUUCACGGCCGUGAAGGAAGAUCCCAAGCCAUCCCAGGAAGUGGUGAAAGAGAUAACACAGUUCUCAAAGGAUACACUGGAAAAAAUAGACAAGGCUCGCUCUGAGGGUUUGUAUCAUGAGGUUGUGAAGCUGUGUCGGGAGUGCCUGGAGAAGCAGGAACCGGUGUUUGCCGACACCAACCUCUACGUACUUCGGCUGCUAAGCAUUGUGUCAGAAGUCCUCUCCUACCUCCAGGCCUUUGAGGAGGCCUCGCACUAUGCCAGGAGGAUGGUGGAUGGCUACAUGAAGCUCUACCACCAUAACAACGCCCAACUGGGUAUGGCUGUGAUGCGGGCAGGCCUGACCAACUGGCAUGCUGGUAACAUCGAGGCUGGGCACGGGAUGAUCUGCAAAGCCUAUGCGAUUCUGCUGGUGACACACGGGCCUUCCCACCCCAUCACCAAGGACUUAGAGGCCAUGCGGGUGCAGACAGAGAUGGAGCUGCGUAUGUUCCGCCAGAAUGAAUUCAUGUACUACAAGAUGCGAGAGGCUGCCCUGAACAACCAGCCCAUGCAGGUCAUGGCUGAGCCCAGCAAUGAACCAGCCCCAGCUCUGUUCCAUAAGAAGCAAUGAGGACCUUGUUGGAGAGUGGGGGCAAUGUGCCUGGGGGUCUGGGGAGAUUUCUACCCUGUGUCCCCUACUGUCAUUUUGCUCUCUCACCUCAGAUCUUUUUCUAUAUGUGUUGGGUGCUGGGUUCCACCAUCUAUUUAAUAAAGAAGCCCCAAAUAUAAUUGGUCUAGAAGGACAAAUAUAAACAAAUAAGGCACAGCAUAAGAGUAAAUGCAAUGGUGAACUCUAUGAAGAGAGGUUCAGAGGAGGUGAGUGUUUGGGGGUGGGUCGGGAGCUGGGGGCGACACCUGAGCUAAGGGUAGCAGGUGCCUAGAAUCUCAGACGACUACUCGUUUAUUUGUGCAGGCGUCUCUGGGGCUGCGGUCUCAUCUAUGGUUAGGAAUAUUCAGGGUCUUGCAGCCAGGGAUGGGUGAUGUCUGUAUCCCCAGGCUGGUGUAGAGUUGUGAUCAAAGGGCUGGGGCUGUGUUUGGCCCUUUGAGAUCUACUCAGAGGCCUGAAACUCAUUUGCAAUGGAGCCUAGAAGAAGAAGGAGCCUUGCUUGGACCACCUGUGGUCUCAGUUCCUAGUCUGAGCUUGAAACAUAAUUUUAGAAAUAACUCUAGAAUACACAGAGAAGGAAUCUUUUCCUUCUUGGUCCUACUCGCCAAGCCUGUAGAUGUUUGUGAUGUGGGGGCUAUUUGAAGAAAAGCUGAGGUUUUUCUGGCUGAGAUGAGGAGUGAGAAGGGCUUUUCAGGGUGAAGCUGAGGGUCUGCAUGCCUGGCAAUGGUGGGCCCAGCAGAAGUGGAUUGUGGGAGUUUCAAGCCGGGACAGUGUGCAUCAGCUUAGGCUUCAUCCUUGCCUGGUGAGACUCUGCUCAUACAAGUGAAUGACUGUGCUUAAUUUCUUUAUCCUAUCCAUGUUCUGGGGGCUUCUGCCCUUAAGAGAGGGCGGUUCAGUUUGCUCUGGAAAGACAUGGAGGUUUCUGGUGCUCAGGUCUGUUAUCUGAUCUUCUACCAGGAGCUCCAGCCCUCACAUCACCUGGCUGCUCUGCAGGUCAGCAUGCUCCAGAUGAGAGCCAUGACAGCUCUUCUAAUACCCUGUCACUCUGAGAACACUCAGAAUGCCACCUCCUUUAUCAUGUCACUCUCUCUCUAGCAUAAGUCCUGGAACAUAGUAGGUGCUCAUUAAAUGUACAUUGAAUGAAUAAAUGAAUGAAACCCUUAUCUUGGAGUUAAGAGAUACACAACUGUGUAUUUUUAGCAUCUGUGUCAUCGCAUUAAACAAAGCUCAUUAACCCCUU